GUUCGACAGCUCGAGCGUGAUGAUCGGUGACAGUGACACGUCGACAGUUGGUUGGUGAGAUGAUGCCAGGGUAAGCAAGGUGAAGAGUCGGCAAGAUGACGAGAAGCAUCUCGUCACACCUGUACCGAGGCUCGUUCUACCUGCUCAUGCUAGGAACGGGCCUCGUCUUGCUUGGCGGGCUCUAUGAUAUCAUGCAACAAGUCACCGACUCCUCGCGUGGCCCGAGCAGAGUCUCUGAUUCUGUCAUCGCAGCAGGCUCAUACCUCUCCGUCGGCAUACUCGCGAUCCUCAUCUCGGUCUCACGCAUCGUCACUGUCAGGCGCACAAAGGCUUCCAUACCCAAGGCAUACUUGCCCAUCAGAGAAGGCGACGUUUCGAGCGCUGUACAUCGCCUCGUCGCGACAGAAUACACGCGCGUGGCUAUCAUCGCCACGGUGGGCCAGCCACAACGGCGCACCAUCCCCGGCUACGGCACAUCCGACAGUCCCUAUCCGCGACUGCACUUCCGUACAGCCAUCAAAGAGACUGCCAAAGUGCUCACGCGUCUGAUCGAGACACACCUAACCGACAAAGACCUUCAACAGCUUGCGCGGCAGUCUCCUCGGCAGUCCACGCUCGUCAGACUCGCACCUUUCCUUUUCGAGCGGCUUUCGCCCGACAUCGAGCCUCUUGUGCCGCCGCAGUAUCUACCACUGCUCAAGCUGUACGAUAGCCAUGUCGACAAUGCUCGCUACCGCCGAAAGGAGCCUACUCAGCAAGAAUACGAGGACUGUCUGCGCGUGCUCGCGCUCCUCGUCGCUGCUGUGCAGCGUUCUCGGCCAGCGUCAGAGACAGCUGAUGUUCGCACGUAAUCACCUUGAUGUGACUCAUUUGUAGCAUGUUGAUGUUGACUUAUGCAAGACUAUCAUACAACAACGGGGCGCAC